AUGCAAGAGAUACCAGGAGCAGGCAGAGCAGAGAAAUGGAAAGAACUUAUCUAUAGACCGAUAGAGGCCAAUUUUUAUCUCUUAAAAGAUAGUGAAAUUACACCAGAAGCAUUGCAAAAUAUCCAAGUAGAUAUUGAGCGAUCAGUAUUUAAAGAAAGAAGGUUCUUAGGAAGUUCAUUAGAACGUGAGGCCCGGGAAUACAAUCCAGUUUUACGUAAGCAAGAACUAAAGGAUGUGCUUGUAGCCUUUGCUCAGCACAACCGAGUAAUUGAGUACUGCCAAGGCCUGUCGUGUUAUGCCGCCUUUCUGUUACAGUUCUACUCGCCGGAAGAGUCUUUUUCUAUCUUAGCUCGCACGAUUCAAGUUAAUGGUAUAGAAAGACUAUUUGAUAAGAACUUAUCUUUGAUUUCUAAAGUACUUAGUGUGCAUGCACGUGUGCUUAACUUAACUUUGCCUGAGAGUGUGCGUAAGAGUAUUCAACAAAUCUCGAACAAUUCGCAUGAUUAUGCGGCUGGUUGGUAUUUAACUCUUUUCUCACGUCUUCCACCGCCUAUUUAUGCUGAAAUACUUGAUCACUUCUUUAUUCAUGGCUUUCCCGUACUCUUCCAUGCGGCUUCGGCCGUGGUAGAGAUUGGGCAUCAUGCUUAUAUCACUAACAAGCACAUUGAGCCGGAUCAAAAGACACAAAUUCUCUUCAAACUCGCGGAAUGUCCAGUUCCCGAAGGCAUCUUUAAAGCUACUAUCAAAAGAAACAUGCAAAUGGUUAGUAUCAGUACUAUCCAGCAUAUGCUCCAAGAAGAACAAUAA